AUGGGCGGAGAUUUGUUCAUGGUACGCGAUUCGUUUAUGCUAGAGAAUCAGAUUCCAUUAUGGCUCAUCUCCUUAAUAUACCCUGAUUACAAAUCAUUGCUGUGUUGCUACUUGAGUGGCAUUGUUUUUGGGGAUCAAAGGAUGCAAACACUCCCAUGGGAAAAUGGAGUGGGAAGAGAGCCUACUCACUUAUUUGAAGCUUUGAUUUGCGCCUACCUCAGCCCCCAUGAGACCCAAAAAAAUUCAACUACACCUACUAACUCUUUACGGGUUUUCAAGAAAUAUAUUCCGUUUUUCAUGAGAUAUAUUCAAGCAAAGGAAAAGAAGAGUAGAUCAAGAACUACAUGGAAAAUGAUAAACAAUUCGUUUCGUUCGGCAACGGAUCUGAAAGCAAAGGGUGUUCAUUUUCGUCGGAGUUCAAAUUGCCUGACGGACAUCAAGUUCUUUUCCUUUGCUUUCUACGCUGAACUACACCUUCCUUUCUCCUACAUUACCUACAAUAGCAUGGUAUUCUUCUCUAAUGCUAUUGCACUCGAGAUGUCGCCAGAGGCAGGAUAUUCAACGUACGGUAUGACGACUUACUUUACUUUCAUGAAAACGCUAAUCCACAAUGUUAAUGAUAUAAAGGUGCUGAGAGAGAAAGGCGUACUGUACAGUCUGUUGGCUACCGAUGAAGAUGUAGUUGCAUUGUUUAAAAGUAUCGACACUUUUGGAUUUGCAAUCGAAGACUAUUUUACUGAUGUGAAGGAGAGAAUUGAGGAUCACUGCAACAGCAAAUGUAGGACAUGGAUGGCCGAACUCAUCAACACCAAAUUUAAGAGCCCAUGGACUGUGAUGGCUCUAGCCGCUGCUUCUUUUCUGCUAUGCCUCACUUUUCUGCAAACUUACUACACCAUUAAUCCUGCAACAAAUUAA